AUAUAUUUCAAAUAAUAAUGACAUCAGACAAACGGCGUAUUUUUCAGUUGUUUGUUUUUGUUUCAAUUAACUGAAAAGUCUUACCGAUAAAUUCGAUUAAAUGAUAUUGUAUCAAUGCAAGCAAUAACAAGAAUCUGAUAGUAUUUUCGACGAAAUAAGUUUUAUUUUUGAAAAGUAUUCUUACGCGAAAUAAAAAUGUUGAACACCAACGGAAAUUCGUCAACUAAUAUGAGAGUGGUCGUACGAGUGCGACCUUUUUCGACGCGAGAAUUGGAACAAAAUCAACGUAAUAUCAUUUCAGUCACUGACGAAACGACACUCAUAUUUGAUCCUGAGGAAGACGAAGAUGAAUUCUUUUUUCACGGAAAUAAACAAAGCCAUCGAGACAUUACUAAGCGCGUCAAUAAGAAACUGUUGAUGGACUUUGACGAUGUAUUCAACGAUCAAUCGACCAACAGCGAUGUUUUUGAGACAUGCAUGAAACCCUUGGUUAUGGAAGUGAUGAAUGGGUUCUCCUGUUCUGUGUUUGUGUAUGGCGCUACUGGGGCUGGUAAGACUCAUACGAUGCUCGGCAACCCUUCCGAGCGUGGCAUUACCUUCAUGACAAUGGAGUACCUUUUCUCCCAAAUGGAUCUCCUAGAAAACGAACGUAAAUUUGACAUUGGCAUAUCGUACUUGGAGGUAUACAACGAACAAGUUAUGAAUUUGCUGACAAAAACCGGCCCACUGCGAUUGAGAGAAGAUGGAUCUGGUGGUGUCGUUGUGAACGGCUUAUGUUUGAAACCAAUAACCAGUGCCGUGGAAUUGCUCGAUUUGUUAGCGUUAGGUAAUCAAAAUCGGACCCAGCACCCGACUGAUGCAAAUGCCGAGAGUAGCCGAAGUCACGCUAUAUUCCAAGUUCACAUUCGCAUGACGAACAAGCUCAACAACCAGAAAAAUUUGGUAAAACUCUCGAUGAUCGAUUUGGCUGGUAGCGAGCGUGCAGCAAGCACGAAAUGUAUUGGACAACGGUUCAAGGAGGGGGCCAGUAUUAAUAAGUCUCUGUUGGCAUUGGGCAAUUGCAUUAACAAAUUGGCUGAUGGUUCGAAGCACAUCCCCUACAGAGACUCAAAUUUGACGCGUAUCAUCAAAGACUGCCUGGGAGGGAACUGCCGAACAGUUAUGAUUGCCAAUGUUUCACCGUCGUCUUUAACGUACGAUGACACAUACAACACAUUGAAAUAUGCGGGCAGAGCGAGGAAAAUCAAAACUACUCUGUCGAUCAACAUGGUCAAAUCGAAUGUACCGAAGGAGAUUUUGGUCAAACAGCUGAACGGCAAACUGGACGAAAACGUGAGACUCCUAGCAACAAUUGAAGAAUUGAAGAAGAAAAUUACAAGCAUGGAAAACAGACCGACGCAGCAAGUAUCUCCCAUUGAUUUGUCACAGUGGCACAACGACAUCGAUACGGUAUACGAUUCGAUAAAGGUUGCAUUCGAGCAUUGCUACAAUUUAAUUAGCAAGGAGAGGAUUCUGAAACUGCGAACAAAAUUCAAAGAAGAAGCAGACAUGUGCGGUCGGUUGUUGGCUCUGGAUCAAUCAAAUGGAGGACAGAAUCCGCGUGUAGAAGCUUCAAUCGAUCGAAUGUCCAAGCAGAUACAUGUUCAGCAGGAUGAGAGUAAUCUCUGGAAAAAUCGCCUAAAGAACCAUCAGCAAGAACUUUUUGAUCUGCACAAGAAGAUCAGGACCAGUAAUAUGUCGCAACUACUGGAGAAAUAUAUCCGAGCAAAAGAAUUGGACGUGGAAAAUGUUAAGCUGAAACAAAAGGCGGCACAUUUCAUGAAAAUAAGUUCGCUUCAUAUGCGUGAAAAUGACAUUUCACAUAAAAUUAUGAACGCAAGCAAUAGCUUCAACCGGACAAGUUAUUUAUUGAUGCGUGCCAAUAAUAUAACGCACCAGGACAUGCACACCGAAUACGAAAAUUUAAUUAAAAUGAAUCAGCGACAGGGCGCUGUAAAAUUCAACGAAAAUGAAGCUGAAUCUGACGAAGCGUUCGCCCAUCUUACAAUACCGUUGUAUGAGAUGAGAUCACCGCCGAAUGCUCUGAAACGAGAACACAGCGAAAAUGAUGGCAGUGAGUUCAAUGGCGAAUUUCGGCGUCCCAGUCGUAAACUAUUCAAAACAGAUUCGAAUCAGCCAGUGGCUAGUACGGCAUCAAAAACGGCAAAUUUAAAUGAAACGUUGGUCCUGUCUGCUGUGCCUAGUGGAAGUACCAUUAAUCUUCCAGUGGUCCGACCUUUGGUUAAAAGUAAGGUGUCAACAAAAGGUCGACCGGUACCGCAAAUGAACAGAAACAAGGAAAAUUCGAGCACAUUAGCGGUCGUAAAACCAUCGAUUCAUUCAAAUCUGAAAAUGAAAAGUCCGAAGCGUAGCCCUAGACUACUCAACAACAAUGCCAACAGAAAGCCAUACACAAAGAGCAGUAAUUUAGAUCUGCCCAAAUUGAGAUUCAAAUAAUAAUUGCCACGACCGGAUCAUGUGUGAAAGAGAUUUCACUUGUAACUAAAUGUAUUUUAUAACAAACACUUUUCACUGAUGUAUUUUUGCACCAUUUUAUGCAUUUUAUUUGCACUGAAUCCGAAUUGAAAUGGGAAUGAUUUCAAUUUGUUUUUGUUGCCGUAGUCUUAAGGUAUGAGAUCAAAUGCUUUCAAUUUUAAUAUAAAAUGUCAUUCAAUGAAAAACAAAAAAUAUUUUAUAAGAAUUUCGAUCGUUUUGUAUUUGAAAAAUUGAUAUAAAUAAAACAU